AUGGAAAGCAGGCGUCAUUGGGAUGUAAGUCGUUCAAGUGAUUUUUUGUUCAAGGUUCAUGGCGAAGACUCUUUAAUGGUUGAUCUUCAAAGCCGCACUUGUAGUUGCCGGAUGUGGCAAAUCAAAGGGUUCCCAUGUGCACAUGCACUUGUUGCUAUUCUUAAAAAUGGCGAGAACCCUUUUGAGUACAUUGAAGAGUACUUCACGGUUGAACAUUUUAAGAAAUGCAACAUACCUAUUUUCCCAAUUCCACAUAUUGAUAGGCAUGCACAAGAGGCAGGUGAAGAGUUUUUGGUGAACCCGCCAGUGUCAAAGAAACCUCCAGGAAGACCCAGGGUAAAGCGGAUCAAAUCUUUAGGGGAACAGAAAAGGCCACUAACAUGUAGCAAGUGCGGACAACUAGGACGUCACAACAAAAAAACAUGCACUACCCAAAUUUGA